CGGAGUCCUAGGCGGCGGGACCUUCGGCUUCGCGGCAUCUUCGCACCAUGAGCGAGGCGGACGGGUUGAGGCAGCGCCGGCCGCUGCGGCCGCAGGUGGUCACGAACAAUGGCCGGGUCCCGGACGCCGAAGACGGCAGUUCCUUCAGUGGGCGAGUUUUCCGAGUGACAUUCUUGAUGUUGGCCUUUGUCCUCACAUUCCCGUUGCUUGGAGCCAUGAUGCUGCUGGACUCCCCCAUAGACCCACAACCUCUCAGCCUCAAAGAACCCCCUCCCUUUGUUGGUGCACUGCAGUCAAAUACGAAGUUACGACAAGCGGAAAGGCUAUUUGAAAAUCAACUUGUUGGACCAGAGUCCAUAGCAAAUAUUGGGGAUGUGAUAUUCACUGGGACUGCAGAUGGACAGAUCCUCAAGCUGGACAAAAAUGAAAUCGAGGUCAUUGCCAAGCUUGGUUCAGGCCCCUGCAAAACCCGUGAUGAUGAGCCUACUUGCGGAAGACCACUGGGCAUCCGGGUAGGACCCAAUGGAACUCUGUUUGUGGCGGAUGCCUACAAGGGACUAUUUGAAGUGAAUCCUUGGACACGUGACGUGACUCUCCUAGUGUCCUCAGAGACCCCCAUUGAGGGAAGGAAAAUGUCCUUUGUGAAUGACCUUACAGUAACUAGGGACGGGAGAAAGAUAUAUUUCACAGAUUCUAGCAGCAAAUGGCAAAGACGAGAUUUUUUGCUUCUGUUUAUGGAAGGCAUCGACGAUGGGCGCCUGCUGGAGUAUGACACAAAGACCAAGGAGGUAAAGGUCUUGCUGGACCACUUGCGGUUCCCUAAUGGGGUGCAGCUUUCUCCCGACGAGGAUUUUGUCCUGGUUUCAGAGACCACCAUGGCGAGAAUCCACAGAUUCUACGUGUCUGGUUUGAUGAAAGGAGGAGUGGAUCUGUUCGUGGAGAACCUUCCUGGAUUUCCAGACAACAUUCGGGCCAGCAGCUCUGGGGGAUAUUGGAUCGGCAUGUCGACCAUCCGCCCCAACCCAGGGUUUUCCAUGUUGGAUUUCCUGUCCGAGAGACCCUAUAUAAAAAGAAUGAUUUUUAAGCUGCUCAGUCAGGAGACACUGAUCAAGUUGGUGCCGCGGUACAGCCUCGUUCUAGAGCUCAGCAGCAGCGGGGCCUUCCAGAGAAGUUUUCAUGACCCUGACGGGCAGGUGGUCAGCUAUGUGAGUGAGGUACAUGAGCAUGCCGGACACCUAUACCUGGGCUCCUUCCGGGCCCCCUUCCUCUGCAGACUCAACCUCCAGGCUCUGUAGGAGCCAGCCGAUGGCCCCAGGCUCCGCACUUUGUCCAGGUGGUGCAUGGGCGUGACCCCAUUACCUUGCACCCACAGACCCACGCAGAACACCUCUCACCGGCCUUUAUAUUGAGCAGGACACGUCCCUGUGUUGUGGCGACUGGAUCCAAGCACA